CCAGCGCGUCGUCGACCGGGCGCGGAGCGCGGCCGGUGGUUUGUGUGGCCGGUCGGCGUCCGCUCGCUCGGCUCUUCGCCCUCCGCCCCGACGAGGCGUCCGUGGCCAGGCUUCCGCAGUCAUGCUGCGGUCGGCGCGGCUCGCGCAGCUCCUCUGAGUCCGGGAACGGCGGCGAGCACGGCGGGCUCGGGUCGCCAUGCCUACCCGAGUGUGUUGCUGCUGCUCCGCUUUGCGUCCUCGCUACAAACGCCUGGUGGACAACAUAUUCCCUGAAGAUCCAAAAGAUGGCCUUGUUAAAGCUGAUAUGGAGAAGCUGACAUUUUAUGCAGUGUCUGCACCAGAGAAGCUUGAUCGAAUAGGUGCCUAUCUGGCAGAAAGGCUGAGCAGGGAUGUUGUCAGGCAUCGUUCUGGAUAUGUUCUAAUUGCUAUGGAAGCGUUGGACCAGCUUCUUAUGGCCUGUCAUUCUCAGAGCAUCAAGCCAUUUGUAGAAAGCUUCCUUCAUAUGGUAGCAAAGCUCCUGGAAUCAGGGGAACCAAAGCUUCAAGUUCUUGGAACAAAUUCUUUUGUCAAAUUUGCAAACAUUGAAGAAGACACACCAUCCUACCAUAGACGCUAUGACUUCUUUGUGUCUCGGUUCAGUGCUAUGUGUCACUCCUGUCAUGAUGAUCCAGAAAUACGAACUGAGAUUCGUAUUGCUGGGAUAAGAGGUAUUCAAGGUGUGGUUCGAAAAACAGUUAAUGAUGAACUUCGGGCUACCAUUUGGGAACCACAGCAUAUGGACAAAAUUGUUCCGUCCCUUCUGUUUAACAUGCAGAAGAUAGAAGAAGUUGACAGUCGCGUAGGUCCGCCUUCCUCCCCCUCUGUAGCUGACAAAGAAGAGAACCCUGCAGUGCUGGCUGAGAGCUGUUUCAGAGAACUGCUGGGCAGAGCAACUUUCGGAAAUAUGAAUAAUGCUGUUAGGCCAGUUUUUGCGCAUUUAGAUCAUCACAAGCUAUGGGAUCCUAAUGAAUUUGCAGUUCACUGCUUUAAGAUUAUAAUGUAUUCUAUUCAGGCUCAGUAUUCUCACCAUGUGAUCCAGGAAAUUCUUGGACACCUUGACUCUUGUAAGAAAGAUUCUCCACGGGUUCGAGCAGGUAUCAUUCAGGUUCUGUUGGAGGCUGUCGCUAUUGCUGCUAAAGGUUCUAUAGGGCCAACGGUGCUGGAAGUCUUCAACACCCUGUUGAAACACCUGCGACUCAGUGUGGAGCUGGAAGCCAAUGACAGCCAGCAGGGGUCUGUGGGCAGCAUCCCCUUAAGUUCCAAGGACAAUGAUGAGAAGAUUGUGCAGAAUGCUAUCAUUCAGACAAUAGGUUCGUGUGUUGGUCUGCAAGCCACUUUCUUUGAUUUGUUUUGGUCUUCUCCCCCAUCUCUUUAUGUACACAAAGAUUUGGGAACCAGGAGGAUUCAGAUAAUGUUGCUGAGAUCUUUGCUUAUGGUGACUUCUGGAUACAAAGCCAAGACAAUUGUUACUGCUCUGCCCGGGUCGUUUCUGGACCCUCUGUUAUCGCCAUCCCUCAUGGAAGAUUAUGAGCUGAGGCAGUUGGUCUUGGAAGUAAUGCACAACCUCAUGGAUCGCCAUGACAAUCGGGCAAAGCUCCGCGGCAUUAGAAUUAUACCAGAUGUGGCUGACUUAAAGAUAAAAAGAGAAAAAAUUUGUAGACAAGAUACAAGCUUCAUGAAAAAGAAUGGGCAGCAGCUAUAUAGGCACAUAUAUCUGGGCUGCAAAGAGGAAGACAAUGUUCAGAAAAACUAUGAGCUCCUUUAUACAUCCCUGGCUCUUAUAACUAUCGAACUAGCCAAUGAAGAGGUGGUUAUUGACCUCAUUCGAUUGGCCAUUGCUUUACAGGACAGCGCGAUUAUCAAUGAAGAUAACCUGCCAAUGUUUCAUCGGUGUGGAAUCAUGGCACUGGUUGCAGCAUAUCUCAACUUUGUGAGUCAGAUGAUAGCCGUUCCAGCAUUCUGCCAGCAUGUUAGCAAGGUUAUUGAAACUCGAACUAUGGAAGCCCCUUAUUUUCUACCAGAGCAUAUUUUCAGAGAUAAGUGCAUGCUUCCGAAAUCGUUAGAGAAGCACGACAAAAGUUUAUAUUUUCUGACCAACAAAAUUGCAGAGUCCCUUGGUGGAAGUGGGUACAGUGUGGAGAGGCUCUCGGUUCCUUAUGUGCCACAGGUGACAGAUGAAGAUCGACUUUCUAGAAGGAAAAGUAUUGUGGAUACUGUAUCUCUUCAGGUGGACAUUUUAUCCAACAGUGUGCCUUCUGAUGAUGUGGUUAGCAACACUGAAGAAAUCACCUUUGAAGCACUGAAGAAAGCAAUUGAUACCAAUGGAAUGGAAGAACAGGAAAAGGAAAAGAGGCGUCUUGUGAUAGAGAAGUUCCAGAAAGCACCUUUUGAAGAAAUAGCAGCACAGUGUGAAUCCAAAGCAAACUUGCUUCAUGAUAGACUUGCUCAAAUACUGGAGCUCACCAUACGCCCUCCUCCCAGUCCAUCUGGAACACUGACCAUUACUUCUGGGCAUGCCCAAUACCAGUCCGUUCCAGUCUAUGAGAUGAAGUUUCCAGAUCUGUGUGUGUAUUGACUGACUCAAUGAAGACUACAGCAUUUAAAAGAAUCUUAAAGCCUGAAACACAAGGCCAAGACAGUUUUCAGGAUUUGCAUAAUGCGUACUGACGUGUCCUGAAAUGUGAUGGCACUUAUCUCUGACCAUACACAUGUCAUUCUGUGUCAAUUGUGAGUACUUCUGAAGGUAGACUUAUGCCACGUUAAUUUGUUUUGAGGUUCCUGUUAACGCUUAAGAUUGAACAUGUAUUGCUUUCACGUUAUGCCGUUGUUAAAUAGUAUGUUUUAAACUUUGCACAAACAUGAUUUAAAAAAAAAGAUUGAAACUGUAAGAAGUGUCUGCUGAUUUCUUAAGCAUCUUCACAACCACUUGCUUUUGUUUUGUUUUCUUCCAGAGUAAAUUUCUUCCUAAUUCUAGGGUUGCAAAUGCUUUCAUGCUUUCUAAAUCCAUGCUUCAGAGGGCUAUGUAGCCCUCUCCCUUCAGUCCUCAGUAGUAAAUGUGGCAGGUAUUUCUACGGUAGCAGCGGUAGGAAAAUCUCCUGAAUCCUGGCCAGGCCUUACUGGUCUUGGAAUACUGUGUUUUCUGCUUCAAGUUGAGCCCUUGGGCUCCUUAGAGCUCACUCUUGGAGCACCAAAAGGUGCAGUGUUUUCCACGUACGAUGUGUUAGUUUACAGACUGCGCUUUGAAACUAUAGUUGUAUUUUGCUGUGAUGCCAUUACUUAAAUGAAAUAUAUAUUUACUAUAGAAAAGAAAUAAAUUUAAAACAGCUGUUCACCUGUGCAGAGCCUAUACAUUUCAGUUUCCUUUAAAUGAAUAAAUUUUCAUUUUUAUAUUGUACAUUAUUUAGGUUUUCAUAGUAAAAUAUUUCCCCAGUGAACCUUCUAAUUUGUAAGGUUUGAACCAAAACUUGUGUGCGUCUCUAUUGAAGAUGAGUUACAUGCAUUCAAAACGGUGCAUGUGUUCUUGCUAAGGUCUGUGAGUGUGAGACUGCAAGGGCAGUGUGUGCUACACAUGCUACCGAACACCACCACACGAUGAAAAAGUAAGCCUUCUGCAAUGAGAAAUUUCUCUUAGCAUAGUUUUUAAGAUCAUUUCGUGUAAGUCUACUUUUUCAUGUUCAGUUUCUUUUUACAUAAAAUAGUAUUCCUAUCAAAAAUUAUAGCCCAAAAAAAUUUGGCUUUAGUUCAGUUUUGUUUUUAAUGAAAUGAAAAACUGGAUGUUUUAAAUGUGUGUUUGUGGUUAUUUGGGCACCAUUCUUACAGACAGGAAUAAACAAGAAAAGGAAAUGAACUUAGAAUGUCACACCCAAAAUUUUCAAUAUUUAUAGCAGAGUACAAUAUCUUGGAGAUGGGUCCAUUUGCUCAAACCUCUGACAGAGCAGUCCAGGCUGCUGCUAAGGGCAGACUCACCAGACCUUGUCCUCAGAGGGACAGUGCAGCUGCCACUGGAGUAGCAGAGCCCUGGUCCAGCUGUCACUUCAUGGUGGAUUCCUCUCACACUUGUGGAGCCUGUCACCAGUUAAUAUUAAGCUUCAUGCAUUUUUGUUUCCCUUUUUUCUUCUGUAUUUUAAAAGAAGGCUAUUAUUUUUGACAUUUUAUUAUUUAGAUUUUAUUAUCUUAAAAUCUAAACAGGGGGACAUGCAAAAACAAUCAUCAUCCACUUGGAUGUCAUUUUAUAAAUUAACACUGUGUGCUUUUGUAUGGAAAAUAUAUAAUUUAAUAGUAUAAGAAAAAGAUAUAUAUUCACUUGCAUUCAUGCAAAACACAAGCUUUGCUGUAUAAAGUUUUGCAUUUCAUAGUGAUUUUAAAAAGGCAUGCUUUGCAUGUAAAGGAAAACCAUUGCAGUCUUUUGUUUUGAUUUUUAAUCAUACCUUUUUCUUGGUUUUUGUAAGCUGUUGGUUUGGGUUUUGCUACUCUUAAACCACAGUACACUUCAGGAUCUAAUAGGUCCAGUAGACUAAACUGGUCUUGUUGACGAGCGUUCCCAAAACAUCCCGAUGGAUGUUUCUCUGUCUCACUCUUCCACAUUUGCAGGGAUUGCCCUUAGGCAAGCGUGCAAGCUGUGCUGCAGCUAGUUCAGGAACUGAAGCUUUAGGACCUGCUAAGCUCUAUAUUGGUAUAUUUUGUCAGGUACAUGAUACUCAAAUUGUUUAUUAUCUUUCUUGUCAUAUACAGCUGGUUAUAUUCUGUGUGACACUGAACGGUUCAUUUAAAUGUCCCUCCUCUGCUUAUGAUGUCUGUGGCUGCUUAUAUAGUUUCACUGAACUUUACCUGAUCUUUCAUAGUCUUUCUCUCUCAUGUUCUCUUUCCCUCCCCCAACCCUCCUUUAGAACUCAUUAUCCUUUAGAAUAAAGCCACCUUCAACCAGCAGUUUAGCUCCCCACUCCCGCAAAUGGAGCUCAUUUGUCUCACUAAUGCUGAUACAUGUAUUGAUGUGAUUAAGUCAGUUUUUUAAAUGUAAAAUUUCAUUGUGCAAUCAAAUGUAAGCAAUAAAACAAAAGUUGCAUCUCU